GAGGUAUGGUGGGGAUGGAUGCUUUUAUGCAACAACUAUACAAGUCAAUGAACAAAAUAUGUAGGUAUUAAAAUAAUGAUAAACUAAUAAAUAAUAUUUGUUUUAUACAAUAGUGGAUUUAUCUUAUGUUUCCAUUGGACAUGGUAACAAAAAAUAGAUUCUUUUCUCGAGGGGAUAAACUAAUUUAGAAGCCACCCAAUAGGCCCAUGCUAUCAUGGCCAAUUCCAUGGCUCCUUUCCCUAUCCAAAACCUCCGAGAUCCAAGAAAACGAACUAAAACCCAUCAAACCAGAGCAACGGGAAAAGAAGAAACCAAGACACCACAAUUGACCCAGAAUUAAAAAGCAAAAAGAAACAAAAAACAGAGUAAAGUUGAACCAAAUGUCCCAAGUUUAUAAAAGUGCGUACCAUUAGUUAAUAUUAACGGUAACUAACUGCCACUUCAAAAACUCUUCUUACUUAACUGCCAUUCCCCCCGCUUCAAAAACUCUUCUUACUUCCUCGUACUCGUUCAGAAGUAGACCUUUCACUCGGUUUCUCUCUCUCUCUCGCUCUCGCUCUUCACUCUCAAGUACCAACAGCAAGAGUUGGUGCUUGGGACCCCCAACACGACGAUUUUCUCUCCGUAUCGCGGCGCGGCGCUGCUCUUUCAUUUCGGCGCCGGCCGCUGCCAAAUCUACGCCAAAGAUCACAGAGAAAAGAGAAGAAUUCCACACUGAAGAAUAAUAAAGCAUGGCAGAUCCUAGUGCCAUUGUACCAUACAUUGACCCGUACGAUCGCCCAUUGACCGACAACAUCAAUUUCGAUUUCAUGAACGACUCCACCCCCACUCUUGCCGAUUUAUCAUCAUUUGCUCUACCAACAUCUCCCGAGUUUGCGGCAGUUGAGCAUUUACUCGACUUUGACCCCUCUGAGGAUCCGGCUGCGGGGGAUAUGCGCGAUGACUCUCAUAAUAGUGGAGCGGGGAACAAGUCUCAGGCGGCGGGCCCCUCGGCGAGUGCCAAUGAUGGAAAUGCGAGGCCGCUUUUCGCUUGGCCUGUGGCACCAAUCCCAUUUAAUUGUAGCUGUUGCCAUGUGCUCAGAGAAAUCAUUUACUGUAAUGGGACCAAUACCAAGAAACUUGAGAUACAUGGAAGACUCGGUAUGAUCUGUCAUGCUGUUCUUGAGGAUCUGCAAAAUGUUGAUGGGAAUUCUUCGAGCAAUCAGUAUCAGAUGUUUGAUUUUUGUAAGAAAAGCAUAGAGGACGUCAAGCAGUUUUUAAUGAAGUACUGUUUGGAGCAAAAUAUAGCGGGCUAUGUUAUGGUGCCAGAUCCGUUAGCGACUUAUUAUGAAGCCCUCUGUGUUGGACUAGAAUGGGACGAUGACGACGUUCUUCUUGAUGACUUGACUUUUCAACCAUCCCCUACGAAUUCAGGAGGAGCACGUUCAAUGAAUGAACCGGAGGCCACAAGGCCGACACAUAAGGUUUCCCUUGCAGCACAGAGGGAAAGAGCGGGAAAGUUAACGCUAAACGAGUUGGGCCGUUACUUCAAUCUUCCUAUAGAGGAAGCGGCCAGGAGAUUGAAUCUGUGCCCAACUGUUCUGAAGAAGAUAUGCCGAAGAGAUGGAAUGAAUCGAUGGCCUCACAGAAAGGUUAAAAGCCUGCAGAAGCAAAUAUCAAGUCUGAGAGCAAGUUUAGAGUCGAAUACCAAUGCAGAGGCAAGAGCAAAUGCUCAAGCUGAAAUUGACAGACUUGAGCAAGAACUAACCAAUGUUUGUCGUGGGGUUACAUUACGAUGAUCACGUGAAGAAUAUUGUACUUUUGUGCUUAGAUCUUGGAAAUUAGAGUUCUCCAAUUUUUGCAUCUAUGAGCGAGAGGCUUUUUCUUUUCUGUUAUUGGAUAUAAAAAUAAUGCAUGUAUUUUUAUUUCUGAUUGAAUAUUAUAUAGAAGUAAUUGGAGGGGUUGAUUAG